AUGGUCGAAGUAAAGCGUUUUUGGUGCCUCCUGCUCGACAACGGCGCCAUUGAGCCAUUCUUUGUUGACAUUGGCCUGGAUGGGAUGGUUGUUGAACUCAAGGAGGUGAUCAGAUCCUCGAAGAAUUGCAUGCGUCAAUACGAUGCUCGAGAUAUCGCACUGUACAAGUUAAAGGAGCCGAUACCCAUGGUUUCUUCGACCGAUCUGUUGCAAAGCAUCAAAAAUAAGGGAGAGAUUGAGACCUUUGCCGUUCAAUUGGAGGAUCCCUUUGAAAGUCUAACAGGACUACUUGCUCCAACUGCAAUUGCUACCUCUUCAUCAGCGGGUUCCGUUCUAUCCAACGCCGAUGAUGACCUCACACUUUACUGUUGGGUUUUGAAUGCAUCCGACGCCCCUUUCCCUAUUGACAUCGGAAAGAGUAAGGGCGUGGGUCACUUGAAACGCAUGAUCAAGAAGGAGAAUGAACAUAAGUUUGCUGCCAUCGACGCUGACAAGCUCGUGAUAUGGAAGGUGGGCGAAUCCUCCCUGUGCGUGUCAAGACAUUUAAUUUUUGGGAAGUUAUCUUCACCCAUUCCUUCUGCGGAAAUAGGCGUGACGCUUAGAGACAUUCAAAGCCCGCAGCAGAUCCCAGGUUGCGUCGAAUUAAAUGCUCUUGACGAACUGUCGGAACAUUUCUCCUCGGCCCCUCGCAAGCAUCUCCAUAUAAUUGUUGAAGCCCCCACACGUAUGUCCAAUUCCAUCUUGGCCCAAGCACCAGGCGGUCUCGCGGUCCAUAUGUCAACUGAUCUUCACUUUGCCCUCGAAGAAGACUCCGGGCCGCCUUCGAAACGAGCGCGUCUUACAAGUCCAGAAAAUCAGCCUUCCCCCAAGCGACAGUGUUUAGAUGGGAAACAGAAUGACGAGCAAGACCAAUUACCAAAAUCUGAUUCCUCUGACUCUAACAAAAGUCAACCCACCAUUAAUAGUUGCUGGAGCCCGCGGUCCAAUACGGUUCGUGGUCUGUAUAAUAUCUUGCGGGAAGAACGACUAGUUCAGGUUCGUGGAACACCAGGCUGCGGGAAGACAACGCUCAAUCACUUGCUCCAUGCCUAUAUAGUCGAAAAACAACCAUUUGCUUCCGUACUUUCCAUAAAUAGUUGGCCGCCGCCGGGCCAAACAAACGGAUCUUUCGAGGAGCGGCUCAAGCUCAUAGACCCACGUUACCCAAAUCCCGGUCUCGUCACGUUCAUGCUUUUUGAUGAAGGGCAGGAUUCUUAUUCGGACGAAUAUCUUUGGAAUACCUUCUUCAAGGGCGUUCAAGGCGGUCAUUUCAAGGACUAUCGUGUUAUUUUAUUUUGCAGCUACGGAAGCCCAUCAGCCCGUCCUGUGUCCUAUAAACAUUCUAUCGAACCUAUCGGUUUACUGCUUACUCGAGCCGAGUUCAACGAAGUCGUAGCAAGGCACGAACGAAAACUGAACUUGCACCCUGAUCUUCUGGAUCACUUCUUUCAUUUGACAGUAGGCCAUGUAGGUGCGGUCAUCGAUCUUCUUCGCAUAACAUCAUACCAGCGGGUUGCAGAAAUGCGGAAAGGGAUGCCAUUCACAGUCGAUGCCUUUAACGCAGAAAAUCCAACUGGCUCGCUCAUAAUUCAACUCCAAGGUGGACCCUUCGGACGCGGCGUUCCUCAAGCUAGGGAGCUUUCGCAAGAUCUAAGCAUCACAUCAUUUUUCAGAACUUUAAUCAGAGAUGGCGUGUUUGAGGAAAGGGAAGCAGAACAGGAGGCUGUUCGCGCUUGCCAUCGCAACGGCUGGAUCCACUCCUACAUAAACGCAGAAAGUACGACGUGCUAUACAUUCCCAUCCCCUCUCCAUUCCGCCUAUGUUUCCUGGCUUCUUAAGCCUUCCGACGACAUGCCAACCUACCGCUCGGUCUUCGAUCUCUGUUUUGCAGCCAUCUCCAAGUUCAAACCUUCUCAGAUGCACACUCCGAUCCGCCGUGUUGGCGCGUCUCACGCGAUAGAUCCACUACCCGAAGCCCAAUACCAGGAUGAGUUCUAUCGCACUGUUUUCUCCGCUACUGCUGGAAGUGUUUGCAUUUCCCCUGAGUUCGCAUCUGCACGGGGAGCGCAUCUGGUGGGCCGUAUUGACUUCUUCAUUCCAACAGUGAAAUGGGGAAUUGAAAUCAUUCGAGAUGGCCAUCAGUUAUCAGAACAUAAUUCCCGUUUUACAAGAUCAGGAGCCUACGGAGCCUGGCUAAAGUCAGGUGACAUGACUGAUUACAUUCUCCUUGAUUUUCGCACCAAGAGCCUACGAAAGUGCCACCCGGAUAUUCCAAACCUCUUUCACAUCGUAUUUGGUGAUGGAUAUCAAACGGCUACUGUAUACGAUAAUCAGUUGAAGCAAGUAGGAGGGACCAUUGCCCUGCUCGAAAAUCACUUUUAAUCACUAUCCAUUAUAUUUACCGCAUUGACGUCCAUACCCAACCUUCUUGAUCUAGAUAUAUGACUCUUCUGUACUGCCUCCAGUUUCUCCCUCGAUAAUUAACAUGUCCCCGAUGGCCAGACUC